AUGGAGUCUGGAGAGCGGUUAACGUCAUCAUCGGUCUCCUCUGCUGCAGCCGCUUCAGCUCCCGCGUCUUUGGCCCUGUCUGCAGCCUCAGCAGCACCAAAAGGUGGUCCUGGAGCUGCACCUCUGAGUUCCACACUCAACACGUCCGUUUGUUUUCCAUGUGCUUGUGGUGCAGAAUGGUGGCGAACAGCGGACACGCACUCUCGUCCAGGGGCAGCUUUUUUCCCGCCGCUCUUGGGAAUUCCACCACUGUUUGCACCUCCUGCACAGAAUCAUGAUUCUGCUCCGUUCCACUCAAGAGCUACAGGAAAAAAUAGUCGGAGCAGUACAGAAAAAGGUGUGAAUGGAUCACUGAAUGGAAACAAUACCACUGCGGUGUCUGGUAUCAGCACAUCUGUACUGCCCACCACCAUUGCAACAUCUGCAGGACAAGUGAAAGCUAUAACCUCAGGAGCAGGAGGCUGCAAAUACAGUCAGGAGCAAAGCAAAGCUCAGCUUUUGGAGACCAGAGCUGACAAAAUCAAAGAUAAGAAGCCCAGAAAAAAAGCGGUGGAAAGCUCUAGUAACAGUGACAGUGAUUCGGGCUCCUCGUCAGACACCUCAAGUGAAGGCAUAAGUAGUAGUGACUCUGAUGAUCUAGAGGAGGAUGAAGAGGAGGAGGAGGAGGACCAGAGUGCUGAAGAGAGUGAAGAUGAUGAAUCUGAUUCUGAAAACGAAGCACAUCAUAAAAACAAGAACAAGGUGCUAGUGCAUAGUGGCCUAACAGAUAUGAAAACUGAUGGACAAAAACCACAUGAAAAGUCCCAAGAAAAAAGAACACACCAGCAGAUACCUCUUGUGUCUGAUUCCCAGACUCACUCAUCAUUCCAGUCCCAGCAGAAGCAGCCUCAGGUUUUGUCACAGCAGCUUCCGUUUAUUUUCCAAAGCUCUCAGGCAAAGGAGGAAUCUGUGAACAAACACACAAGUGUGAUACAGUCUACGGGAUUGGUUCCCAAUGUGAAACCUUUGUCUUUGGUACACCAAGCCAAAAAGGAAACCUAUUUAAAACUCAUAGUUCCUUCCCCUGAUCUACUCAAAGCAGGGAAUAAAAAUACCUCUGAAGAGUCUAUCUCUCUGACCAGCGAUGUAAGAUCAAAACGGGAACAAUAUAAACAGACAUUCCCAGCAGCACAGCUAAAGAAACAGGAAUCCUCUAAGAACCUGAAGAAGGUUAUUGCAGCUUUGUCAAGCCCCAAACCAACAUCUAGUUCACCAGCUCAUCAAAAACUCACAUCCUUGGAAAACAACCAUUCUAAUCCAUUCCUGACAAAUGCACUUUUAGGUAAUCACCAACCAAAUGGAGUUAUUCAGAGCGUCAUCCAGGAGGCUCCUCUUGCACUUACUACGAAACUGAAAUCCCAGACCAAGAUCAAUGAAAGUGUAGCCAUUUCUAGUAGUGCCCCCUUUUCUUUGCCAGUAAACUUGAGUGCAUGUGGGAAAAAACCAACUGGUAAUCGGACGCCUGUUAUGCCCUCUACCUCUCCUGUGUUACCUGGUUCAGGAAAGGAUAAAACAGUCAGCAAUAAUGCAGUAAGUGCAGUAAAAACACAACACCGCCUUCAUUCUGCAAAACUGGUGGUGGAGCAGUUCAGAGGGGCAGACUCAGAUGUCCCCAGCAGUAAGGACUCUGAUGACUCAAAUGAUGAUGAUGACGACGAUGAAGAUGAAGAUGACGACGAUGAAGAUGAAGAUUCUGAUGAUAGCCAAUCAGACUCUGACAGUAAUUCUGAGUCAGAUACAGAAGGAUCUGAGGAUGAAGAUGAUGAGGAUGAUAAAGAUCAAGAUGAAUCGGAUACAGACACAGAGGGGGAAAAGACUCCACUGAAACUGAAUAAAACGUCAUCCUCUGUGAAGAGCUCUUCCCUUGGUCUGGCUGCUCACUCCACCCCACUCAACCUCCAGGCAGCACAGCCCCCGGGCUCUGCUCCUGCUGCCUUGUGUCCCGAGUCCCAGCCUGCGGCUUUCCUGGGCCCUGCGCCACCCGCUCUCGCACCUGCUGCACACGGUGGUAUUUCAAAAAGACGAAGAGUAGCAGAUGAGCAGGAGCUGCGAGUUCCUCUGGAAUAUGGCUGGCAAAGAGAAACCCGAAUAAGGAACUUCGGUGGUCGUCUUCAGGGAGAAGUAGCGUAUUUUGCACCUUGUGGAAAGAAGCUGAGACAGUAUCCUGAAGUAGUAAAGGGUGUGCAGUGGUGUCUCCUGAAGGAAGAGGAAGUCAUUCCCCGGAUCAGAGCGAUGGAAGGGCGCAGAGGAAGACCACCCAACCCGGACCGGCAGCCCUCCAGGGAGGAAGCCAGGAGGCGACGCAAGGGCCGACCUCCCAACGUUGGAAGCACGGAGUUUCUAGACAGCACUGAUGCAAAGCUUUUAAGAAAGCUCCAGGCUCAAGAAAUAGCAAGACAAGCAGCACAGAUAAAGCUACUGAGAAAACUCCAGAAGCAGGAACAAGCUCGAGCUGCCAAAGAAGCGAAAAAACAGCAAGCUAUUAUGGCAGCUGAAGAAAAGCGAAAGCAAAAGGAGCAGAUAAAGAUAAUGAAGCAGCAGGAAAAGAUUAAGCGAAUCCAGCAAAUCAGAAUGGAGAAAGAACUUCGAGCUCAGCAAAUUUUAGAGGCAAAAAAGAAAAAGAAGGAAGAAGCAGCAAAUGCCAAAUUAUUGGAGGCCGAAAAACGAAUAAAGGAAAAAGAGAUGCGAAGGCAGCAAGCAGUUCUUCUGAAACACCAGGAACGAGAAAGGAGAAGGCAACAUAUGAUGCUUAUGAAAGCCAUGGAAGCACGUAAAAAAGCAGAAGAAAAAGAGCGGUUAAAGCAAGAGAAACAUGAAGAAAAAAGGUUAAACAAGGAGCGGAAGCUGGAGCAGCGGAGGUUGGAGCUAGAGAUGGCGAAAGAGCUGAAGAAGCCCAACGAAGACAUGUGCUUGGCAGACCAGAAGCCUUUGCCAGAGUUGCCUCGCAUCCCGGGCCUCGUGCUCGACGGGAGCACGUUCUCAGAUUGCCUCAUGGUCGUGCAGUUCCUGCGUAACUUUGGUAAAGUUCUUGGCUUUGAUGUGAAUGUGGACGUCCCUUCCUUGAGCGUUCUUCAGGAGGGUUUGCUAAACAUAGGGGACAGCCUGGGGGAAGUACAAGACUUGCUUGUAAAGCUUGUCUCUGCAGCAGUUUGUGAUCCAGGACUUGUUACGGGAUACAAGGCUAAAACUAUUCUUGGGGAGCACUUACUGAAUGUUGGUGUCAACCGAGACAAUGUGUCAGAGAUUCUGCAGAUCUUCAUGGAGGCUCACGGCGGGCACACAGACCUGACUGAGAGCUUGAGGACAAAAGCUUUUCAGGCACAUACUCCAGCUCAGAAAGCAUCAGUACUUGCUUUUCUUGUUAAUGAGUUAGCAUGCAGCAAAAGUGUAGUAAGUGAAAUUGAUAAAAACAUUGAUUAUAUGUCAAACUUAAGGAGAGAUAAAUGGAUGGUUGAAGGCAAACUUCGGAAGCUUAGAAUCAUUCAUGCCAAGAAAACUGGCAAGAGAGAUGGUGCAGGAGGGGGUGAGGCAGGAGAGGAGCAGCAUUCCCUGGAGACACCCACCCCGGGCCGCAAGCGCCGGAGAAAGGGGGGAGACAGUGACGAUGAUGAUGAUGACGAUGAUGACAGUGAUGAUCAGGCAGAUGAGGAUGAUGAGGAUGACGAGGACAAGGAAGAUAAAAAAGGAAAGAAGGCAGAAGUUUGUGAGGAUGAGGAUGAUGGGGACCAGACAGCAAGUGUUGAGGAACUGGAGAAGCAGAUUGAAAAACUGACAAAGCAACAAAGCCAGUACAGAAAGAAGCUGUUUGAAGCUUCGCACUGUUUGCGCUCGAUGAUGUUUGGCCAAGAUCGCUACAGGCGCCGGUACUGGAUUCUGCCCCAGUGUGGGGGUGUCUUUGUAGAAGGCAUGGAAAGUGGUGAAGGUCUAGAAGAAAUUGCAAAAGAAAAAGAGAAGUUAAAAAAGGUAGAAAGCAUGCAUAUCAAAGAAGAAGAAUUUGAGACAGAAGAAAAAGUACACUGUUUAAAUGCAACUCACUGUGAGCAAAAGGAGGAUCUGAAAGAAAAGGACAACACUAAUUUGUUUUUACAAAAGCCUGGGUCGUUUUCAAAACUAAGCAAACUGUUAGAGGUGGCAAAAAUGCCACCUGAAUCUGAUAUUAUGUCCCCAAAACCUAAUGGCAGUGCAGCAAAUGGCUGCACGUUAUCUUACCCAGGCAACUCAAAAAACUCCCUCUGCAGUCUGCAGCCCACUGUGCCCCCAAGCACCACGGAGAAGUCUGACUCUAACAAUCUUUUCAGUUCUAAUGCAAGUGGGACUGGGAAGUUGUACAGUUCUCCACUAAUUCCAAAUGACCAGUUGUUAAAGACUCUGACAGAGAAGAACAGGCAGUGGUUCAGCCUCCUACCCAGAACACCCUGUGAUGACACAUCUGUCACCCAUCUAGACACACCAGCUACUGUGGCUUCACUGACUCCUCAGUCACAUCCACCAUCAAAGUCACCUUCACCUGUUCCAUCACCACUUCUGGGCUCAACCUCUGCACAGAGUCCAAUGGGAUUAAAUCCUUUUGCAUUGUCACCACUGCAGAUGAAGACUGGACUGCCUAUAAUGGGACUUCAGUUUUGUGGAUGGCCUUCAGGAGUUCUUCCUUCCAAUGUUCCAUUUUCAUCUGCUUUACCAGCUCUUGGAUCAGGGUUGGGAUUAUCAGAAGUGAAUGGUAACUCAUUCUUGGCAUCUACUGUUUCUGCAAGUAAAAGUGAAUCACCAGCACUACAGACUGAAAAAACAGCUUCUGCCCCUUCUACAGCAGCUGAAGUAGCCAAACCAGUAGAUUAUCCUAACCCAAAACCUAUACCAGAAGAAAUGCAGUAUGGGUGGUGGAGGAUUACUGACCCAGAGGACAUAAAAUCUUUGCUUAAAGUGCUACAUCUCAGGGGAAUAAGAGAAAAGGCCUUACAAAAGCAAAUACAGAAACACCUGGAUUAUAUCACUGUGGCCUGCAUCAAAAAUAAAGAUGUUGCAAUUAUUGAUAUCAAUGAAAAUGAAGAUAACCAGGUAACUCGAGAUGUUGUGGAAAACUGGUCAGUAGAAGAACAAGCAAUGGAGAUGGAUCUUGCUAUUCUUCAGCAGGUGGAAGAUCUAGAGAGGAGAGUUGCAUCUGCUAGUUUACAAGUUAAGGGUUGGCUGUGUCCUGAGCCUGCAUCAGAGAGAGACGACUUGGUAUAUCGUGAACAUAAGUCACUUACUAGAUUGCACAAGAAGCAGGAUGGAGAUAGUGCUGGAGGCGGAGAAGGCGGUGCCAGCUCUCUAGAGCGGAGGAGUGACAACCCUCUAGAUAUAGCUGUCACCAGGCUGGCUGACCUGGAGCGGAACAUAGAGCGAAGAACUGAAGAGGAUAUUGCUCCAGGGCUAAGGGUCUGGAGAAGGGCGCUGUCGGAAGCACGCAGUGCUGCACAGGUAGCUCUGUGCAUUCAGCAGCUGCAGAAAUCAAUAGCAUGGGAAAAAUCUAUUAUGAAAGUUUACUGCCAAAUUUGUCGAAAGGGAGACAACGAGGAGCUGCUGCUGCUCUGUGAUGGCUGUGAUAAAGGCUGUCACACCUACUGCCACAGGCCCAAGAUCACUACGAUACCAGAUGGGGACUGGUUUUGUCCUGCCUGCAUAGCAAAGGCGAGUGGUCAAACUCUAAAAAUAAAAAAACUUCAAAUCAAAGGGAAAAAAAGUAAUGAACAAAAGAGAAGCAGAAAAUUAGCAGGAGAUACAGAGGAUGAAGACACUGCAACUACAAGCGCCUCCCUAAAAAGAGGAAAAACAGACCCUAAAAAAAGAAAAAUUGAUGAAAACGUUUCUGUAAGCCAGUUGAAGCAGGAUAAUUUUACUGCUUUUAAGAAACCUAAAAGAGAUGACUCCAAGGACCUGGCUAUAUGCAGCUUGAUUCUCUCAGAGUUGGAAACUCAUGAAGAUGCCUGGCCUUUCUUACUUCCUGUAAACUUGAAACUUGUUCCUGGUUAUAAGAAAGUUAUUAAAAAACCUAUGGACUUUUCCACCAUUAGAGACAAGCUAAGUAGUGGACAGUACCCUAAUCUUGAAGCAUUUUCACUAGAUGUCAGGCUUGUUUUUGACAACUGUGAAACCUUUAAUGAAGAUGAUUCUGACAUAGGCAGAGCUGGCCACAACAUGAGGAAGUAUUUUGAAAAAAAAUGGACAGAGAUUUUCAAAGUGAGCUGAAAUUACCAGAACUGUUUUUUCUUUGUCUCUCUCUUUUUUUUUUUUUCUUAAUUUCAUUAAAUGAGGACUGAUAAGACCAGAAAUGUGAACUGUAUUUACAUG